AUGGCAGAGCAGGCUGGGCUGACGAUGGGCUCUAAUGAUGCCCUCACUACUGCGGCUACGAUCACGAAGAGAGUUAUAGACGAGCAGUUAGCGGUCCUGUCGGCGUAUCCUCAGCAUUUGGUCACGGCAGCCCAAAUGCCUGCUAAAAUGACGGCGUUGGAGACCACGAGUAGUGACCUAAAACUACAGGUCUACACCCUAGACGCCCUGAGAGCCUGCCGGAAACUGUGGCGGUUGGCAUGCGAACUCCACACUAAUAGUUCCUGUAUGAGGGUGGGUAGUGAUCAGUUAAAGCCAUUGGAGAUCAGUGGGAGGUUGAUGGUGGUCGAGCAACGAAUAUCCGAGCUGGAGGAGAAGUUGAGGGAAUUGAGACGGUCCAAGGCUUCGUCGAACGAUGGUUUGGCUCAUCAGAAUAUACGGUUGAAUGAUGCCGAUGAUGAUGAUGCUGCUGUUGAAGUAGCAAUACUACCAGAUGGUCGAGGAGAUUUGAUGACUUCCCGUCUCCGUAUCCUUACCUCUACUAGUCGACGUGCCUUUGCAGCAAGUACUAGAGAGGAACUGCCUCGUGGGGUUUACCGUUCCUUUGAGAAGAAUACCUCUCCUACUGCUGCUGGGGGUGGAGGAGGCGGUGAUCAGCUGCCGACUGGGAUAUCCAGGGUAUGGCCAGGGGAGGGUAAUAGGAGAAGGAAGGUGGUGGUGGAGGACGAGGAUGUACCUUUGAGGGAGCUGCCUAAAGGCUUGGCCAGAGUGGGUAAGGAAACUCCCAAUGUGAACCUGCGUCGUCCGUCUAUGGUCGAGGAGGGUCCAAAGAUGAGGUUGCCGAAAGGGUUACUAAAGGUGGGGGAGGAGGAGAAGAGAGCUGAACGGGGAUUGCCGAGGGGUGUUACACCGAUAAAUUCAGAGAAAUUUGGUAUGGAUGUGCAGACGACGGAGCUGCCACAGGGGCUCAAGAGAAUCUCAGAGGCUCCAGUCUACCAUGGAACUAUACCGGUAGUCCAACGACCCAGCAUGUCUGGUGGGGUUAUGAUCACUCCAGUGGAAGGCAGUGAGCAAAACCAACCGACGACGUUAUCAGUGCCGAAGUCGACCAGGGAGGUGGAGAGUGAGGUCACGCCAGUUGCGGUGGAGAUACUCAAAGUAUACGUAUCGGGCAAGAGCGAGCCCGGAAGGAUCGUCAUAGCCUUAAAGCAGCUGGCGGGCCAUCAUCAGAAUGCUGAGGAGAUCGAAGGCUUGGAGAGCCUACCUGAAUACCAACGUCUAUUGGAUGAUAUGGGCGCUGCUUUGGAUCUUGCAAGAUUCUCCGGCCACGAAAUAUCCGAGAUUGCGGAAUACUUUCGUAUACUCGGAGCCCCCGGGCUCACCAACCCGUCACGGCAGAUGGCCAAGCGAUUGAGUUUCCAAAUAUGUGAACGUCUCCAUGAGCUGUCACCUGUAGAGAGGAUCCGUACCAUCUACGUUAUUACUACAUGGAUGGGACUCCGUCUUGAUGAUUACACUCAUUGGGCCCUGCACCAAUCGAUUGACGCAUGGAUCGAUUCUCCGGAGGUUGAUGAUGCUGCCGUGUUACCAGCGUUGUAUCUCCUCUGUGAGCCUAGUAUGCGUAAGCGCAGCCAUAAGGUCUUGGCUAAACCUAAGGUAUUCACACGUAUGGAGGGUAUGGUUGAUCGAUUGGAAAUCCAUCAAGUUGUAGAUAUGGUCAGAGCCUUGGGGAAGUAUGAGGCGCAGAAAUCUAUCGUCAACAGAGCUCUGCAGAGGUUAGCUGCAAAUCCUGGGAGGAUACCUGACAGCAGUCUGCCUGCAUUAGCACAGUUCUUAGACUCGACCGAUCCGUCCAGCCCCGACAUGUCGGCUGUAGCCGACUACGCCAGGAGGCGACUGUGCGCUAUCGUUGCUGAUGAAAGCAUAAAUCGUAAUGAUGUCGCCCAUCUUGUAGUCGAGCUCGCCAAGAUCCCCACUAUAGCCGCCGGAAUCCUUGAUGAGUCUGCUGAAAUGAUCCGCAUGUCGGCCAACGUCCUCGAUAAGGAAGUUAUACCACAACUACUGCUACUGUACACUGCAGAAGGGCAACCGAUGCAUGAACUGGAGGUAUCAGCGAUGGCUAAGCUACGAGAACUGGAACCAAAAGGCGUUGCUAAGCUCUGCCUGGCAGCAGCCGCUGGAGGAAUGCGAGAUAAGGAAGCAUUGGUAGCCUCAUAUGGUGAGUGUUUGGAUAGGGCCAGGAAAUUCGAAUCGGAAGAUUUCAUAGACGCCUUUUACUCGAUGAGUCUGGCUGGGUUAGUGAACGAUGAUGCCUUGGUAGAGAAGGUUGAUAUCGAGAAAAUUAUACGUCAAGCGCCAGUAUCAGCCCUGCCUUCUCUAGCCUGGUCCUUAGUCGUAUCUAACUUCAGCCGUCCACUACCUUGGAGUGUCCUAUGCUCGAGGAUCGUACAAGACCCCUCUAGAGCAGUUGGUGAUGAUGUUGAAUAUGAUGAUAAUGGAAUGUGUGUGAAGGGGGAUCCACAUCAAGCCGCAAUACUAUACGAGGCGUUGGCUAGUGCAGCCACUUUGAAGUGGUUUGUGAUUGAUGAGCCGUCAGUCGUGGCUGGUAUGGAGAAGUGGAAAUUGGCUUGGCAGAGCUCACAGGAUAAGGAAGAUCCCCCCAGUCGGAUGCAGUGGGAGGACAUUCUCAAUAAGUUGGAUAUAUCCCACCGGAUGAAGGUGGAGGUUGUUGGCAAGAAGUGGCCUCUAUGGGAGGCGCCCAUUGUGAUGUCUGAACUGAGCUGUGUGAUUGACGCUAAAUUGAAGAAGUCCCAGAUUGUGCAUCACUACAGCGGUUUGACGACAGGCUCGGCGAAAUUGAGGCAUCGUAUUUGGAAUGCCAACGGGUAUGCUGUGUUUGGUAUUGGUGAUGAUCAAUUCCCUGAUAAUCAUGGAGGUGCAGCAUCUGAUGCUAAUUGUGACUUCCUGGCCGGCCUAUUAGAUAUAGUAGUAAAGAAUCAACUCAACACACAGCGUUUGGCUGGUAUAGAGCUACAGACAACAGAGCGUCCGAGAGGUUUCGCCGAGUUGGAGAAACCUGGUGCCUCGCUCAUCAUAAUCAUCUAUCUUCCUAGGGUGAAUUACGUUGCGUGA